CAGUUCAUUGACCACCUAAUCCAAAUCAAAUACGCCGACAUCGACCCUCGUCUAGGUGCGAUAGGAUACGAACUCGAAGCUCUCUUAUCAAUCUAUUCACCUGGAAAUAUCCGUCUUUCAGCCGCUUCAAGACCUAACACACCUCCAACUCCUAACCAAAUCCCUUUACCCCCACCCAUUCCCAGCUCUCACUCCCCAACAAAGACACCGAUGAGACAUGCUUGGGAUGAAGCUGUCUUUGAUUCAGAGUUCGGUCUGACAUCAGGUCAAAGAAUAAGAUACGAAAUUCAUUUACCAUUAUGGGAUGAAGGUGAUGCUCCUGAAAAUUUAAACGAUCUUGUGGCUCCUCUCAUGAGGAUAUUAGUCAGUUUACCACCUACGUAUCCUAUGACAUCUCCACCUCAAUUACAAUUACUAGGAAGGUAUUUAGGUAGUUUUCCCAUAGAUUCAGCUUUCUUUGGUCUUGUCACUCGAACCUACCUUUCUUCCACCGGCGUCACAUUCGAACCUGGUGAUGUAUGUGUUUUCGAAGGUCUCACUCAUGUUCAAUCCCUAGCACGAAAAUGGUAUCUCGAUCAUCUUUCCUCCAUCGCUUCCGCAGAAACAGAACGUCAACGACAAAGAGAUCAUCAAAUUUCAUCCACCAUCGAAUCUUCUCCUGCCAUACAUGACAUCACCCAAUCUUCAAUCAAAUCUGACAAUGUCACAUCUGCGAAAAUAGAUAAACAUUUACGACCAUUACCACGAACUAUAUUCUCUUACACUCAUAAAACCUCUACUGGAGUUAAAACGCCAGAUGCGGUGAAUAAAAUGAAAAACGCAAUGGAAUUGGGACAAGAAGUCACUACAGGAUUAGAGAUCUUUACUAGUGAAUCAAUAACAGAUAGGAAAAGUGUUUUUGUGGGUCACGCGGUUAAAGUGACUGAUGAGAGGGAAGUACCUUUGGUAAUACAUGAAUUAUUAAGCGAUAGGAAGAUUGCGAAAGCUACACAUCCUUGUAUUUUCGCUUAUAGGAUAAGUAAGGAUGUUGGAGGUUUGGCGGGAAAAGUUGUGAUUGCUGUAGAUAAUCACGAUGACGGAGAGAAUGGUGCAGGUAGUAGAUUAGCUCAUUUACUCGACAUGUUAGAAGUUGAAAAUGUUUUAGUGGUAGUCACUAGAUGGUACGGUGGUAUCCUUCUUGGAGCAGAUAGGUUUAAAAGGAUUAAUCAAGUUGCUAAAGAUGCUUUAAAGUUGGCUGGUGUGUUGGAUGAGUAG